UCUGUAAUUACGGUACUGUAGCAUUAUGGGACUGGUGAGAGCUGCAUAUGUGACGCUCUUUAGAAGUAUGACAACCAUGGCUCAACACAGAUUCAUCGAUAUUGGCGUGAACCUGACAGAUCCCAUGUUCAGAGGACUCUACAGAGGGAAGCAGAAACACGACGAUGACUUUGAUCAGAUCAUUGACAGAGCUGUCAUAACUGGAGUGGAAAAGUUUAUGAUCACAGGAGGAAACCUUGAAGACAGCAGGGAGGCUCUGAAACUAGCUGAGACCAGAGAUGAGUUUUACUGCACAGUCGGCUGCCAUCCGACCCGCUGCAGUGAGUUUGAGCAGAAUGGAGAGUCACAGUACCUCUCAGGGCUGAGGGAGCUGGCAGCGGCAAACAGAGGAAAGGUGGUGGCCAUCGGAGAGUGUGGACUGGACUUUGACAGGUUAGAAUUUUGCCCAAAAGAGACUCAACUCAAAUACUUUGAGAAGCAGUUUGACCUGGCAGAGGAGACCAAGCUGCCCAUGUUCCUCCACUGCAGAAACUCCCAUCAGGAGUUUAUCGACAUCAUGAAGAGAAAUAGAGACCGAUGUGUUGGCGGAGUGGUUCACUCAUUUGAUGGGACAGUGGAGGACACUGCUGCCAUCAUUGACCUGGAUCUCUACAUUGGAAUCAAUGGAUGUUCCUUGAAAACUGAGGCCAAUAUUGAAGCCAUGAAGUCUAUCCCUACUGAAAGACUCAUGAUAGAAACAGAUGCUCCGUGGUGUGGCAUAAAGAACACUCACGCUGGCUCCAGAUUUGUAAAAACUACUUUUCCCACGAAGAAGAAAUGGGAGGCGGGGCACUGUCUGAAGGACAGGAACGAGCCCUGUCACAUCAUACAAGUUCUAGAGGUGAUGGCAGCAGCGAGGGAAGAAGACCCGCUGGAGCUGGCCAACACAAUCUACAACAACACCGUCAAAGUCUUCUUCAUUUCGAGCUGAUGAACAGAUUAAACCUUCAGAAAACCAACUGAUAUGGCCUCCAUGAAUGUGUGUGUGUCUGUCAGUGUGUGUGCCUGUCUGAAUGAUGGAUAAAACUCUCUCAUUGCCAAUUUUGCAAAGUCAAAUAGCUUCUGAUCUGUCUUCUGCUAAAGUGAAAACAAAAAUACAUUUUCAUGGGUUUUA